GCUACAUGCGCAAUAAUAAUCGUGUGCAUGCAAGCAGCUGGGAUUGUAUCGCCUCGUUGUGCGGCGGGCAAUGACUAAUAACGCACAGCGGUGUUUCACGACGCCACCAUCAGCAGCAGCAACAGCAACAGCAUGGUAGCAGCAUACCUCUUAUGCGUUGUUGCGUCGUCGUCGGUGGGGAGGAGAUAAUAUCGUGAAUCGUCGUUGUGUCGCGACUCUGGCGGUGUUACUGCGGUCUCAACGUCACCGCCAACAGCAGCAUCAGCAUCAGCAUCAGCAACAGCAGCAGCGGGAGGCAUUACUUCGGACUCGUCCCGGAUUUGCAUAGCAAACAGAUUGACGUCGGACGACGUUGGCAAGUGGAUAACAAGAGAAGUUGGUCGGUCGUUUAGUCCGCCGGUUACUCCUGCGAGUGACUCGUCGAAGGGACGGGUGGGAGGGAGGGAGGGACACUCAUCUGACCAUGCUCUUCUGUCCUCAAAUCGCAGCGCACCUACCUAUUCUCUCCUCUGCUCUGCGUGCCAACCGAGUCUGAAGAUUCAGUCCGGUGGCGACAAGAAAGAGGAAGAGAAGAAGAGCGAAGAGAAGAGAAGAGAAGAGUGGGUCGAGGAGGGGCGGCGGUGCAGGAGGCAAAGAAGUGUGUGUGUGUGUGUUUUCGUGUGAGUGGCGGCGGGUCGGCUCCGUCAACUCCUCCAAGACCGAAGAACGUCGUCGUUUCACAGUAGUCGAGUACGACGGCCGCGCGCGCGAUAUGCUCGGCUCUUUCGAAUUGAAGAAAAUCCACUGUAAAGGAACGUGACGUGACGCUCUUUUCGCUCCUCUGAUAUUUAUUGGGAAUAGAGACGUUGAAGAGGGUUGGAAGGAAGAAGAAAAACUCCGCGUCAAGUGCACCACCGUUUUUCGUCUCGACUACUGAUGUUGUUAAAAUUAUUAUGUACCUUCGACGAGAUAGAUGAGGGGAUAUUUGUCACCUCAAACCUUGAUGUUGUGAUUAAUGAUGUGGUGCGCCGGUCGUAAUUAUCAUCCGUCAACUUCAACUAACGUGGAAUAAAUUAUUCUUAUGUGAAGGAAAACAUCGAGUUGCACAUGUAUAGUCUGAUUGAUAUAAUAAUAAGUUUUUGUAAAUUGAUGUUAUAUAUCUAUAAACCUAUGGUGAAUAACACGUGAAUGCGAAAGUGAUUGAAACGUAUAAUUUAUACAACAACAAGAAGAAUAAUAAUAAUAAUUAUAAUACCAGCGCCUAAACAUUUGUCAUAUUAUAACGAAUGCGUGUUUUUCUGUGAUCGUAAUAUUAACAAGUUAUAAUAUUGUUGAAUUUUAUUUACAACAAUUGUGAACGAAAGGAAAUAAGAAUCGAAGUGGAAGAAAGCUGGAGAGUGUAACACAAGUUUAACAACAAAAAAAAAAAAGAAAAACGGAAUAUCGAGUUCAGUGACGACACGACUAGCCUUUUUCACGGACGUCCGUGAAAGGAUAAUAUUAAUACACGGUGCAACAAGAAUAAGGCGAACACGUUGCGGGAGAAGAAAGAAAGACGAAGGAAAAGAGAGAGUAAAAAAAAACAGUGUACACGCGCGCGCGCGUGCGUGUGUGUGUCUCUUAGUGUGUGUGCAAUGAAUUAUUGCGAUUCGUAUUCUUACGGAGGCUGCGAGACGAGCCAGGACCGAGCUAUGCCGAUGGAGUAACAAGUGAGCGGCGGCGAGGCGGCGUUGCCAUGACGACAGAGACCCAUACUGUGGCAAUGACAGACUCGCAGUUGAAUAACAACAAUAACAACAACAACAAUAAUAACAACAACAACGAUGGCGAACCUAAAUACUUGCACAAGAAAUUCAAGAAGAUGGCGACGACAGAGGCGGUGCCGAUGGAAUCCAAGCGAGAAACAGCCUCGGAUAGCCGGAUCCCUGGUAAUCGUAAGGAGAAAGAUGGUGGAGAGGAUUCGGCGAAGGAACCAGCAGCGAAGACUGAGGCUGUCCCCGAGCCUGAGGGGGAAGCCAACGAGGGCAGGAAGAGUGGAUACGUAUGCCCGUACUGCAAAUUGUCCUGUGCCAAACCCAGCGUACUACAGAAACACAUCAGGGCUCAUACUAAUGAGAGACCCUAUCCAUGCGUUCCUUGCGGGUUCGCCUUUAAGACCAAAUCGAACCUCUAUAAACACUGCAGAUCUCGAGCUCAUGCUCUUAAAAUGGAAGGAGGCGACUCUAGCAAGGUUUCAGAAGAUUCUGACAUAAGCUUGUCGGACAGCGCGAGUAACGGAACUGGAACACCACCUCCUCCACCGUCGUCGACUCCAAGUUCAGUGUUGAGCGUGAAGACAGUGAAAACAGGUAAAAUUUACAAGCCGAAAUUUCACACGGCCUUGAACAGUGUGAGCCACGAUGCAGAAGCGUCAUCGGUUUCGUCAAACUCCUCGACGAAUUCGUCGUCGAACUCGAAGCCGAACGCUGAACAGCUGCAGGAGCACAUAGACAAAAUAAUAACAGCCAAUCAGGCAAUCGUCGAGGCGGUUGACCCGCUACUUCACAAGCUGAUGCAGAGGCAGCAGAGUUUGGUGGAACCAAAGUACACUGAGCAACCGUUGAACCUCUCAUCGGCGGAAGAAAACUUGGCGAGGAAGCGGUGCUACAGCGAAAGUUUCGCUCACGAGAAGGAUAGUAACCAGCCGCAGAAUCAUCAUCAUCACCACCACCACCAUCAGCAGCAGCAGCAGCAAGAAGCGUCGAUAAUUAAAGAGCUUCUCUUGAAGUCUAAGGCGCAUCAAAACUGCGAUGGUAUCGAUGGCGAAAACUUUGUCUGCCCGUCGUGUAAGAUCCCUUACACUAGCGCUGACAACCUUGACGCCCACAGGCGGUACUACUGCAAAGGAUCGCCGAGUCCCAGGCGACCCGAGUUUCAGCUUGACCUCGACAGAAAGGACCAGGAGUUCGAGAUGAAACCCGACUACUACAACACCCUCCAGCCGCUCCCAUCGCCGGGUCCGCUACUUGGUAACACGAGACUGGUCGACUCCUACGUACCGCCAACGAAACAGAGAUCUGAAUCCGCGCCAACGACGCUGAGGUCGCUGGAGGAACUGUCCAAGUAUCCGAGACCAAACUCGCUCCAGAUGUUCGGCGGCGAAGUAAGGAUACUCAACGACACCGGAGAGACCAAAACCAUGAGGAUAGAACCCCGUCAGACAAAUUCCCCUGGGGAACAGCACUCGGUUAACAGCAAGUGCGCCACCUCGGAGACUUCCUCUAUAGUGGUUAGGUCUGGACUUCACUCCGGCGGAACGAUGGUCCACAAACCGCCUGGCACUCCGGCCAGCACACCGAGCGGUUCCAUAUCCCUGCCAAAUACACCGAAGAUAUUGGCACCUAUCAUACCCAACAUAUCAACUCCUAACAUAGCGCCGACGAUAUCCGGUUAUAGUUAUUUAGAGCAGAACCUCAACCCUCUGACAAACAUCACUGCCUACAAUCCGCUCACCUUGCCACAGGCUGGUAUAGCCAGCAUUUUACACGGCGGUAAGAUCAUACCUUACGUACCUGGUAUGCCUGGUCCUCACACUUUGUCCGGAACACCGUCGGUCGACAUAUCCGUCAACGUACCCAGUGCUGAGGCCGAGUACAAGGUGAUUCCCGGUAUUCCCGGACUCCACGUCGUUACUCAGCCUCUGGAUCUCGCUAGUCCCGUCAAAAUUCAUACACCCAACAUUCCGGGUAUACCUGGACCGCAUUCCAACAUGCAAAUCCCGUCACCCGCCCAGCCUUUGGACCUCGUCAGUCCGGCCAAGGAGCUUAAACUCUGCUUCAAGGCUCCGAGUAGUGAUAAUUUGCGGCCUGGUUUGAUGAGUCCGAAAGUUCCUAAUCUCAAGGUUGAAUCUACCACGGAUAAGUUCAGGUCCAGAGUGCUCAGUGGCGAUACGCAUAGGUCGGAGCAUGAUCGUUAUAACGCGAAAUCUGGGAUCAAGUACAAUAAGAGUAGUAUUGAGAGCCCAAGGGAGAGGAAGGAAUUUUCGUUUGACAAAAGCCCGUGCAAUACGGAAAGGACUUUCACAUAUCCAAACGGCGUUGAUAGUAUGCAAAAGCUUAGAUACUCGCCGAAAAAUUUUACCGAAAGUAGAAAGAGGCCGAGUAGCUGGGCCAGUGCGGAAUUUGAACAGGGCCGAUCGCCUUCCACCGAGUCUGUGAGACAGAGUCCCGUGCUUUUCAAGUACGAAACUAUGCCCCAUGAAAACGGCCGUACGAAAUUAGCGGCGUUACAAUUGCCGGGAAAUGUUCAACAGGAUGUUAAGACAAGGACGAUGCAAAUGGAAAAUUGUGGAGCGAUGAACGGAAUAAAGUCAAAACACGAGUCUCAAAUUGCUCCGGUUAUAACUGUCAAUCUAGAUUCUUCCAAUACAGAAGUGCCAAGUAAACCUUCACAUAAUGAUUUAUUAGAUAAUAGUCGUGAAAGUAAACCAGUGGACAGUCUUCACUCACCAAGUGUCAGCAACGAAGAGGCGGGCGGAAUUGAGGAGGAGAGUAACACCAACAAUAAAUUCCUGAGGCCGACUUCGCUGCCGCUUAAGCCUGGUACCUUUACUCCAAAACGGCACCACGGUAUAACGCCAACGGCUAACACGUUGCCUCUGAUCAGCCCGGAAACACCGAGGCCGAGGAAAUCCUACGGUCAAUUGUAUUUGAACGGACAUGCAUACACCUACCUUGGGCUGAAAUGUUCCACUCGGGUAUUUUACUGCACGUUAAACAGGCCUCAGCCGAUGUACGUCACUCAACAACACACUCUGUCCAUGUACUCAAACUGGAAAAUAUGCAAGGAAGCUCCGCCCGACCUCGACAUGGCCCAUUAUGACUCGAGGCGCCGGCCCACGAGCUACACCACGGCCUCGAAGAAACACGAAGACAUUUUAACGCAUUCCUCGCAAAGGCCUACGACCCCUGCAAGCUCGGACAAUAACUCCGAAAAUGAUACUCAGGAAAAAGCUAAACGCAUCAAGAUAUUCGAUGGCGGUUUCGAGAGUAACGAAGAUUACAUUUACGUCAGAGGAAGAGGUCGAGGAAGGUACGUCUGUGAAGAAUGUGGCAUCAGAUGCAAGAAACCAUCGAUGCUGAAGAAACAUAUCAGAACGCAUACAGAUGUCAGACCAUAUACCUGCAAGCACUGCACUUUUAGUUUUAAAACAAAGGGAAACCUGACAAAGCACAUGAAGUCUAAAGCGCACUACAAAAAGUGCGUUGAACUCGGUGUAGUUCCAGUUCCAACGUUGGUGUGCGAUGAGAACAUCGACAAGGAGGCGGUUGCCCGAUUGGCGGCGGGUGGAGGAAACGGUGAAGAAUCCUCGGAAGAGGAGGACGAGACUGACGGUGAGGAGAGCGAGGAAUCCGGAAGUGAAGAGCAUGACGCUGUUCAGGGAUUGCUGAGCUUGUCUCAGCCCAGCACACACAGACUGCCGGGGCUGCUUCCAACAGGCAGGCCAACGACAUAUCCGUACACCCUGACCUUUUCCCAGAGUACAAUUUGCACGGCGGUCGUAACGACGACGUGCAGUUCAGCACCACUGAGUAGCCAAGCCGCGGCUGUGAUACAGAGUGAUUUGUCCCACCGCUAUUACUUCCCUUCGAGUCGUUCGGUACUCGAGAAAUCAAGGACCAGUGUGAUAAUACAGUCUUCCAAAAAGUCCGGCAACGAUACGGCGGAGGUAGAGGAUGAUUCAUCGAUUCACACUACCGAUUCACAGACCAAUUUUCACCAGCCCAUGGACCUCACGACCAAACAAACACUCGGCCCGAUCAGCUCUCCAAUUUCUCAACGAGUCAAGCCUGCCGAUAUCCUGACUCCGGUCUCCGAGCAGCUUUUGAUGCAGACGAUAUUCCAGACCAUGGAAAGACUUCCGGUGCAAGGUAGGGAGUGGAAAUCCGAGGCCAAAGGACACAUGUUGCAGGCGUAUCUUACCGAGAGACACGUGAUGGACAGUAAAAUGAAGCUGCAGUAUCGAGUCGGCUGUUCAAAGCCGGAGAACAACGGCACGGAGAAGGAUAAUGUACAAUACUUGAAACAGCAGGACACAAUUAGAUCGAAGAAUUUAGAUCUGAACGGGGUGUCCACUGUGACUUACACGAACCCCAGCAAGAUGCAGCAGGCCAUACUAGAGUCGAGAAUUAAGAGUAUCUAUAAGCAGACGCAGCCGGAGGGUAUGAAAAUUCCUUACAAUGACGAGCUCUACCAAAACAGCGUUUGCCUUGAGAGGCGGUCUUUCGACGCGGUCGAUUCGGCCUAUAAGGAUAAGGAGAAUGCGGGCCGGAUGGCGGGCGAAACUGACGGUUUUGACCACCGAGUCGGAAGAGGCGGAAGCCCCAUUCCGACCAUUUACAAAGGCAGCUUGCCGGGGCGAAGCACACCAACCCUGGACCGUCAAUCGCCUCGAAACUUGAACGCGGAGAUGAUGAACCGAAACUCGUCGUCAAUUCACGGUCAGGUAAAGAGCGAGAUAGACAGAAGCUCGAUGUUCAACGCCAUGAAAAUGAUGAGUGAGGUGGAGAGGCCUAGAGACAGCUUUACUCCUAGCCAGGACUCAAUGCUCCCGAGUCGAGAAUCCAGGGUUCAGAGUAGCCAGAGCCCAAGAUCUCAUCAUCAGGAAUUGCGGCCGCCGAGUCGAGAGCUUCGCGUCACUUCUUCGCCUAGUCAAGAGUUUAAGCUGCCAAAUCAAGAGCUUAGACUACCUAGUCAAGAGUACAAGCCGGCUAAUCACGAGCCGAGGAUUUCCAACAGCCAGGAAAUUUUCGUGGCGUCUAAUGCGAACGCGGAGGUCAGACCACCGAGCAGAGAAAUGAGGGUACCUCAGACCCAAGACCAACAGUCCAGGCCGAAUUUCGAGGCGAAAUCUUCUUCGGUGCACGAUAUUUCCAGGGCUAAUUCGCAGGAGGUGCAAAACAAGUUGCAAACAGCUGUUGAGCCGAGGAAUUCUGAGCGUACAGAGAUUAAGCAGAACGUUGAUAUGGCCAAGCAGAAUAUGGCCGAAGGUAUCAAGCACUCUGUAGCCCGGAAAAUGGUCGUUGGUGGACCUGGAUUUAGAUCUCCGUCUCCGCCAGGUGGAAGUGGGAAACCUCAGGCUGAAUUUUUGCAGCCAUCAAAUGGACCUGCCCCAAAUUACGUGAGUUACAGCGUGACUGAAGAUGGUAGAAGCGUGUGUGGAAUCUGCAACAAAGUGUUCAGCAAACCGAGUCAGCUCAGGCUACAUAUCAAUAUUCACUAUUUUGAGCGGCCCUUCAGAUGCGAGAGCUGCGCUGUAUCGUUCAGGACCAAAGGCCACCUCACAAAGCACGAACGCUCGGUUGCUCACCAUAAUAAAGUAAGCAUGACGUCCACUUUUGGCGCUGCUACAACGAGCAAUCCUCGACCCUUCAAGUGUACCGACUGCAAGAUCGCUUUCAGGAUACACGGACACCUUGCUAAGCAUUUGCGAAGUAAAAUGCACAUCAUGAAGUUAGAGUGCCUGGGAAAAUUGCCGUUCGGUACUUACGCGGAAAUGGAAAGAUCCGGCAUUAAUCUAAACGAUAUUGAUACUAGUGACUGUGAUAAUAGUUUAACUAGUCUGCAGAGCUUGGCGCAGAAGCUCUAUGAGAAGGAUCCGAGUAAAAUGGGUCAGUGGGACGCGGAUUUGAUUCCAAACCAAGGUGCAAGUGGAGGAGACACCUCAUCCGACGAGGGUGAACCGAUCCCCAUGCAUUCGAUGCACCAAUAUCCAUCUCCAAUAGGUAUGUCGGAGAGCGAAGUAUCGCGGGGAUAUCACAUGCCGAUACUAGUUAGUGAGGAGUUGAAGCCGGUUGGCGAAAUUCGGCACGCAAAUCCACAGUUCAAUCAGCAGCGGCAGGCUGACUUCGGGAUUAACGAGAGGCAGCAUCGACCAUCGCGAAUUCCAGCUCCAGCUCCCGGCGACGACUCCAGGACCGAAGAAUCUGGGCAAAUGUAUAAGUGCAACAUUUGCUCGGUGUCAAUUCGGUCCGUCGCCGAAUUGCAGGUUCACUGCUUUAGCGAGCACAAUAUCGAACCGGAAUCAUCUGCUAGUGGUGAUCGGAAUGGCAGCGAGGGCAGGGAUGUCAGUGAUAAUCGUAACAAAAGAGGAAUCACCGGAGAUGGGCUGAUGGGUGUUAUUAGGGACGAUCAUAAGAAACAGAAGAUUGUUGAUGAUACAUAGUGCCAAAAUUAUUAUCCAAUUGUGCUACUACACGUAUAAGUUAUAUCAUUCUUUUUAUUUUCAAUGGAGAAAAAAUUUCUUACAACUUUCAAGGAACAAUCAUUGAAAGAUAGAGGGAAAGAGGUGAUACGAAAAAAAGAAUUCUAUUACAGAAUCUAAUUAAUUACUGUUGUUCUCAAACGUGCGAGUUUUGCAUUCAGAUAAAAUAUAAAAGACGAGGUGACGCUCUGGUGAAAAAGGCAAGAAGACUUUAAAUCAUUCUUAUCAGAAUCCAAAACCCACUGUGUUAUAAAACUCGCACAGAACUUCCUUGUGCUGGAGAGAAUGGAGAAACCACGGAGAGAAAUCGCAAGAAAAACAUGGAGUACGUUUCUAGAAAAGUUAUGAAAAAUUUAUUCGUUUUUUUUUCGCAACAUUUUGAAAGGGACGAAUUUUUCUUGGCUUGUACAAGCUAGGAAUCAAAAAGACAAGAAGCUAGCGAAGAAUACAGUAUUUUUAUGAUAUCUUGGAGGUAGAAACUUUUCUUCCUCAGGGUUGUAUCGAAGGGAAAGAGAAAAAAAUGAAAUAAUUAAACCUGAUAACUGUACGAGCAAAAUUUGUAUUGCAGUUAAAAUUUUACCGAAUUUAUGAAAGGAUGAGUAACUUCACGGUGGAUAAAAUAACUUGAGAUAAAGUAACCUUAGUCAAAAGUUGUGCGUGUGUUCACGAAAAGUAUAAAAUACACGUGUAGAUACAUAUAUACAAGCAUACUAUCAUCACAUUAAGAAAAUUCGUGAUUGAUUAUAACCUUAUAUCUUUUUAAACGUUUUUGGAAGAAAAAAAAAGAAAACGGAAAAAAUAUCAACACAUACACACAUGUAACAUAUUUUGACUCUAUAUUCUUUUAAUAUAAAUACAACGUAAUGUCGAGUAAGGAGAACAUAUACAUAUAAAUAUACAUUGCAAGUAUACAUAUAGGUUUGCUAUACAUGCGAUACAGGUAAAUCAACUUGUUACCCAGUAACGAAAAUAUGAUAUUUAUAUAACGUAAUAAAUACAACAACACAAGAAAAUGUAUAAAUUGAUAGUUUUUAAGGUGCAAUGGACUGGAAUGUGAUCCUGUAUUUAAAGUGCAAAUGUUGUGUGCAACCUUAGAGUAUUCUAUUAUUAUUAUUAUUAUUAUUAUUAUUAUUGAACGAUUCACUAAUCGACAGUUAUUAUUGUCUCCAUGUUCUACAUACAUAUAUUAUUGGCUGUACAGAAUUUAUUUUUACGAUAUUACAAAUAUUACAUACGAGAGAUUCGAGGUACGUUUUAAUAACAGUUAUAUAUGUCUACAGACACGUCAUAUAAAAAUAUCAAUCAUUGCGUUAAAAAUAUUAUUGUUAAUGUACGAAGGAAGGACUAAAAAUUCGUUUGUAAGUAUACAUAUAUUUAUAUACAUACGUACAAUGCAUUAAAAUACGGAAUCACUUAUUAUAGUGUUAUGUGCUGGUAGAUUUAUAACAAGACGAAAAAAAAAAAAGAAACUCCAGAUUAAAACAACCAAUCGUUUAUGAAUGUUGGGAUCAGUUAUUCAAUAAAUCUACUCUCUUUGUGUUAUAUAUUGUUUUGGAUUAAACAGGGCGUCGCGAAAAAAGAAAAACUGCAAAAGAAAAAAUGAAGAAAGAGUAUGAUAGCUUGGAAAAAAAAAACGACUUCAAUAUCGCAGGGAAAACCAAGUAUCGUAAACUUUAUUUUCAUUUUUCGAACUUAUUCCAACAAUUUUUUGCAUUAGUAAAUGUUGGGAGAAAAAAACAUCUCCAGUGGUGUGGCUUGUGGAAAUUGCAGAGCGUAAAAUUAACUUUGAGGACUCAAGAUAAUAACAAUAACAAUAACGAAAUUUGCGAAUUUCUCUCUGAGGGAAAAAGAGUGAUAAAAAAUGAAAUAAAUAAAUGAAUAACUGAUCGCCAAUCAUAUUCAUGAAUAACUUAUAAAUACAACAAUGAUGUUAUAUGAAUAAAAUUUCAUAAACGACAUGUUACAGAGCGUUUUUCACAGCAAUGAACUACCGACUUUCCGAUAAAGAAUUAUUUUCCAAAUCGCGAGUCAGCCACUAAUUACUAACAUCUCUUAAAUACAGCAUAAUCAUACAAUUUAUAUACAAAUACAUAUACCUAUACAAUACAGAUGUAAUAACAUACUAUAAUCGGUAAUCGUCGACACAACUUGUACCUAAUACAGAGACGUGCAGUGAUUAUUCAAAGAAAGAUUAUUGUUAUAAGAAUUAAGACAGAUUAUUAUUACUAUAAUACUAUAUCGGAUAAAUUAUAUCCAACUGUCGAAGCACAAUUCUAUCAUCACACAUACAUGUUAAUAUCAUUAUUAAUACUAUCAUCAUGCGUACAACGAGAUAGAUCGAAUGCCUGACUUGCAGUUACUAGACGACAUUUUAUUAUGUUAUUUUAUUUUUUUGUUAAUUUUUUUUCAUUCCUUACGCUGCCAGACUAACAAUCAAGUCCGCAGUCUUGAAAAGUGAACCUGGAAAUAUCAUAAAUGAGUUGAAUUUUUACCGAUUGCACUUGGAAAAAUAUUUAACACACGGCAGCUUAAUUUUUAGGACGUAGUUUAAUUUUUUCAAAAAGUCAAUUUAACGAUAUUCGCAAAAUAAUAAGGAUCACUCUUAGAGUUGAGGUAACUUACUAUAAUACGAGCUUCCAUAACUUUUAUGUAGUUAUUGCAUUCGUACAAAUAUUGCCAAGCCCAUUAAUAACUCUUCUAUUGAUUCUUCCACUGCAGAAACGGACUGGAUUCUAUCAUAAUCUUCCUGUUUUGUAAUGAUUUUCAAUUUUCUGAGAGAGAUACGAUAAAAUUUGAAAGAACGAAAUCGUCGAAAAACAAAUCUAUCCAUCCACAAUCAUGAACUUACUUUCACAAUUAAACUAACGUUUGGUUUCAGAUGUUUAUUGGUAAAUUUUCAAAAAAUAUCGGCUAAUUUUUUUUCUUUAGAUUCACUAUUCAUUAAAAGUACACGUUUUCUUUCAAUUUACAAGCAACACACAUACUUAGUGAUUCUUAGCGAUUUCUGGACAAUUUUUCACGUACUUUAUCAUCGUCGUAAUUACGGUACUGAAUACAUAAGGAAAGAUAAAAUAGUUUAAAUAGUAAUAGGAGUUGGAUAGUUUUUCCUUUCCCCCCUCUAUUUUUAUGGAACUAUCUAUUAUUUAAAAUUUUAUACAUCGCGCGCGCGCGGGAGAAACGGGGCUUGCGAAUUGUUGGCGUGAUAAAUAAAUAUUAUACAUGAUAUAUAUAUAUAUAUAUAUCAAUAGUAUUUUAUAUGUUAAUAUAAAUUAGAUGGGUAUGCAAAAUUGAAUAUCGAUAAUGAUUACUACUUUUACUAUUAAACUGAGGUAUAGAAUUUUACGUAUACUUUAUUCAAAGUAAACGAACUAACUAAACAAUUUAUGCCAUAUAUUACAGGUUAAUCUGUCCUGUGUACCUACAUGUAAAACACAUUAUAGUAGUGAUAUAAUUAAAGCUAACGAAUGAUCGAUCCCAUUAUUGUACAAUACACAGUUGAGAUGUUUCGAAAAUAUUAUUAUUAUAUAUCGCCUGAAGGAAGAGAGAAAAAAAGAAAAUCAUCGAAUUGUUUUAGGGAAUUUAUUCUGUAGAUACGCAUAUAUAUUUACAUACAUUAAGAAUGUAGAUGAGAAAGAGGAAAGAAGGAAACUAAAUAAUAAUGUUGGAAACUAUUUGUAAUUAUAAUAAUUAUUACAGUCUACAUCAAACCAUUGGAACCAAAAGAUGGCUUUUGCCUGUUGAUAUCAGAUCGUGGGACCGGAGUGUAGGGUUUUAUAAACAUUGGGUAUACAUACAUAGUAUUAGGUAUAUGUAUAAAAUAAUGCGUAGUUAAAAUAGGUGACUAUUAAUAGGUAGAAUCCAACUUUUAUCAAUUAUUAAAAUUAUACAUGUAUUUGCAUAGGCUCCCGAUUGUUCACAAGCUCCGCUGCUCUUCCACCUUUACCUUCUUCCCUGUACCUAAUCUCUUCCGUAAUUCAGCGUUUAUUAAAUAAAAAAUCUGUUAACGAA